AUGGUAAAGCGUAAAAUAAAUCGACUUAAUCAAAAUAGAUUGCGUCAUGGCGUGUUGGGAGAAGAUCCAUCAUUAUCAACCGUAAUGUAUUUACCAAAAACUAAGAAAAUACGACAAUUUUCAACUUGUCAAUACUUUUGCUUGUACUUCAUCGGUUUUUUUAUUUCGAUCGUUUCGGCAAUAUUAUUACACUAUUAUGUUUUAAAUGGACCUAUUCAAUCUACAAAAUACAGACUUCCAAAACCGCCGAUUCUUACGGGUGCCUUAAAACCGAACAAAGAAUUAACAUAUGCAGAAAUAUUAUUGCUAAAUGAAAUUAAUGGGCCUGAAUCAAUUGCAAUACAUAAAGAAAGUAAAACAAUAUAUGUCGGACUUAAAACCGGUUUCAUUGCUGCAAUUGUAAUUGAUGAAUUUAAAAGUGCGAAUUUGGUGAAAAAUUUCAAAUUAUUUAUAAGAGCGAAAUACGAAGAUAGACUAUGUGAUGGAAGCUAUCAUUCAUUGCCGGAAUGUGGCCGUCCUUUAGGAAUACGAUUCAACCGAAAAAAUCCGGAUUUAUUACUUAUUGCUGAUGCUUAUCACGGAUUAUUUGAAGCAAACAUUCAAAAUGAGACGAUAAGACAAAUUCUGAAAUCUGGAACCAAGAUAUCACGUGGCAUGUCUUGGCCAGUUGUUCAUUUUAAUGAUUUCGAUAUCAGCCAAGAUGGACAUCACAUUGUUUUCACUGAACCAUCUCAUCGUUUUGGUGAUCGUGAUUUUUUUUAUGCAAUGGCUGAACAUAAACCAGAUGGAAGAUUAUUGCAUUAUAAUAUGCAUACAGGUGUACUUCGUGUAUUGAUCGAUCGUUUAUAUUAUCCGAAUGGUGUAGAAUUUGAUAAGACUGGAAAAUGCGUAUUUUUCUCCGAAAUGGGCAAUCUUCGAAUACUUAAGCAUUGUUUCAAUUAUAAAUAUCAAAAAUACACAAUUGUAGCGAGUAAUUUACCCGGAUAUCCGGAUAAUAUUCGAACAGCAAAUAAUGGGAUGUUAUGGGUACCACUUGGCCAAGCUCGUUUAGACGAUGAUUCUUGGAUUACUGAAAGACCUUUUCUUAGAGAUAUCAUUGCAAUGAUCGUAAAAAGUCAUGUAUUUAUGGCAAUCCUUGAUUAUUUUUUACCCAAAUAUGGUUUGCUAUUGCUUAUUGAUCCAACUAAUGGUACCAUUAUGCGAAGUUUCCAUGAUCCUGGUGGUUUAACUAUAAGUUCAAUUUCACAGGCAGUGGAACUUGACGAUGGCACUAUCUUACUUGGUGGUGAUAGCAAUAUGUUCUUGGCCAGAUUUAAACCAACAUCAUUGUGA